AGUUCAGAUAAGUGGUAGAAAAUGAAUGAAUGAAUGAAUGAAUAUACCAUAAAUGGCUUUUUUUCUACUAUAGACAUAACGCUUUAUAACAUUUGUUUUAAACAGGAAUUGUUCCCUGUGUCCUGUCUAUGACUCGUAAGUAUUAUCUGGUCCAGCAGAAAAGAAGUUGGACCGAUGCUCAGAUUUUCUGCCGAGCCACACACACAGACUUGGCUAUUAUCAGAAACAGCGACGACAUGUUUGCGCUUCAGAAUGAAGCACAGGCUCAAAAUUUUAGUUUGGCAGCUUGGAUCGGAAUGUACAGUGAUGUUUACGCCUGGCGUUGGACCUUUGAAAAUGAACCAGUUGGAAAUAUGAGAUUUUGGGAUGAUGGUGAGCCUAACAACAGGAACGGAGAUCAAAACUGUGGCGCGGUAACUCCCUGGGGUUGGUGGGAUCUGUCGUGUACAGGAACGCGCCCCUUUUUGUGCUUUGACGAAACGAAGACUCUUAAUGACCGCUACAUUUACGUAUCUAAUAAGACAGACUGGUUUGAAGCUCGGGCUUACUGCAAACAGUAUCACACAGACCUGGCCAGUCCGAGAGACGAAAACGAAAACGUAAUUUUAGAGGAACUCGUCCCUGGCGUGACUUGGUUUGGUAUGUUUAAAGACCCGUGGAAGUGGAUAGACAACACUAACUUCUCCUAUGUCAGCUGGAUGGACGGAGAACCUGAUAAUGACAACUGGAACGAAACUUGUGGUUAUCUAGACACGGACCGAGCCGCCGAUUCACAGUGCUCGUACACCAUGCCUUUCUUCUGUUACUCGGAUGUGUUUACGAUUAAAUAUUCAGUGACAAAACGACAAAUCUUAAGGAUGAAGAUCCAGUCCAGUCAGGAUUUGAGUGGUCCUGUAGUUAAUGCAGCCGUCUUGGAGAAGAUCAAGCGGAAACUAAAAGAUGGUGGGAUGAACCAGGACAUCCUUGUGAAAUGGAGAGUAAAACCAAACGGAUCGAUAUUUCACAAGGAGACAGAAUCUAAAAAAGAAGAACUCUAAUUCUAUCCGUGUCUCAUAUCCAGUAAAUCAUGCAAUGAGUUUGUUAUUUUUCUUCACUCGGGACACGCUAGAGGGUUUUUCACCAUUUCAGGAUCCAUGAUAUAUAUACUGUAUAGGCAUUUUAUUGCUAUCUGUAUCAUUAAAAAUGACCUAUUUUAUUCCUAAUCUGCUAGAAUUCUAUGAGAUGUAAGUAUAAAUUAUUAAUAUAGGAAUUCCACUGUACUCGUUUUAUACGCCGAGCUUUACAUUUAUGAGCCUCAUAAGGGGCCUCAUUUAUCAAACAAGGAACUUCAUUUGGUUUAUUUACGAAAUGGCACGAGGGCACGAGCGGGACGUUCUGUUGAAAUUAUGAAUAAUCACGAAUUACAAAUUUGUUGUGUGAAUGUUCGUACAAUUAACAUACAAUUCAGUUCAUAUCCACUUUUAUAAAUGAUGCCCAAUAUCACUGUAUUUAAAAAAAAAGGAAAGAAACCUAAUAGAGAUAGAAAUGGCAGGCACUUAUUUCCAGGGAUCUCAGUACAGCGUAACAGAUAUUGCGUCAUCGGGUAGGCGUGGCCUAUAUGAUAAUCUAACCCUAACCCUAACCCUAAUCGUAGUUUUUGGUUGUUUAUUUGUUUUCUAAAAUAAAUCAACCUGCAUGACUGUUUUGUCAUUCGUAGUAUGCUGUUUGUUAUGAAAGAAGGCGUUUGACCUCCAAGACCUCCGGAAACACGCCCAAUUUACGUCGUGGUAACGAAUCCCCUGGAAUUUAGAAAUGUUAAAAUGUCAGGUAUUUUUCACCAAGUAAAUUUCUGUGGAAAUUAUUUCAAAAUGUUGCAAACUUCUGGAGCUGAUAUUCUGAUCAUUUUUUAAAUUUUUCUUCUUUUAGGAUUUGACUAAUAAAGUUGAGUCAUACAUCCAAACUGUCACCAUGAUUGUAUUUAUAAAAUGCUUGUCGUUUCAAAAUUUUUUUAGUAUUUAUUAUACUAUCUGCACAAAUAAAAAGAACAGAUGAGAUUAAGUUAUCUUGCCAUUAGCCAAAUAGAUAACUAGUUUUCACAAGUGGACACGCUAAGCACCACAGAUUGAAUCGAACAGUAGGUUUAGAUGUUGCUUCUUUUUUCUAGCUAACUUUGUUCAACUCAAAUAUACAGUGUAACAUGGGGGUCACGGUGGCUUAGUGGUUAGCACGUUUGCCUCACACCUCCAGGGUCGGGGUUCGAUUCCCGCCUCCGCCUUGUGUGUGUGGAGUUUGCAUGUUCUCCCAG